CGGCUGCAAUCCUAUUGGUGGAUGGUCGGCCGGGACGACAGGAGAGAAACUCCAGGAAAACGGACGGAGCUCGCGCACGAUGUAACGGGAAAGGUUACAUUUUUGAGUUAAGAGGAAACUUUGCAUGGACAUGAGGAAUAUUUCGGGUUAACUUGUUAUUUCUAACAGAAAAACUGGAUCUAUAAGGAAAUAUCCAGCAUUUUAUUCCUCUAUUUGAAGCGACAGGGUAUUUUUUAAACAGUUUUUGACCUUACUAAAACAUGACUGAAUGACAAUUUGACGAAUGAAAAUGCGAAUUGUCCACUGAGGAGAGGAGGUGCUCAGAGAAGCCCGCCAAUGCUUACCUCUUGUCGGAACUUCAAAGCAAGUUAUUAAAACGUUGUUUUUUUUCGCGAGCUUCAAUUCGAAAAUAAGGUAACAACAUGGCAGAGCACGAGAGCCUGGAGUUUGGAAAAGCAGAUUUUGUGCUUUUGGACAACGUGUCUCUGGAAGAAUUCAUGACUAACUUAAAACUCAGGUUUGAGAAGGGGAGGAUCUACACCUACAUCGGGGAGGUGGUGGUGUCCGUCAACCCUUACCGUGCCAUGAACAUCUACGGCCGCGACAUGGUGGAGCAGUAUAAGGGCCGCGAGCUGUACGAGAGGCCCCCCCACCUGUUCGCCAUCGCUGACGCUGCUUACAAGGCCAUGAAGAGGAGGAACAAAGACACUUGUAUUGUCAUCUCAGGGGAAAGUGGAGCUGGAAAGACAGAAGCCAGCAAGUACAUAAUGCAAUACAUUGCUGCUAUCACCAAUCCCAAUCAGAGGGCUGAAGUUGAAAGGGUGAAAAACAUGCUGCUUAAAUCCAACUGUGUCUUGGAGGCCUUCGGGAACGCCAAAACCAGCCGCAACGACAACUCCAGCCGCUUCGGCAAAUACAUGGACAUCAACUUCGACUUCAAGGGAGACCCCAUCGGAGGCCACAUCAACAACUACCUUCUGGAAAAGUCCAGGGUCAUUUUCCAACAGGAAGGAGAGAGGAGCUUUCAUUCAUUCUACCAGCUGCUCAAAGGUGCUCCAGAUUCCCUGUUACGUUCUAUUCACAUCAAAAAGGACGCGACAGCCUACAACUACAUCAAAGUUGGAGGCCAAAUCAAGUCUUCUAUCAAUGAUGGCGCUGAUUUCAAAGCUGUGGCUGAUGCCAUGAAAGUGAUCGGUUUCACAGGGGAUGAGAUUCAGACUGUUUACAAGAUCCUGGCCACCAUCCUACAUCUGGGCAACCUGACAUUCGGGGUGGACGGAGAUGUGACUUUGAUAGAGAACACAAAGCUGGUGGCUGUGUUUAGCGACCUGCUGUCCACCAAAGAAGAAAACGUGGAGAAGGCCAUGCUCUACCGUACCGUGGCCACGGGCCGGGACGUCAUUGAGAAGCAGCACACGAUGCAGGAGGCCAGCUACGGACGGGACGCUUUAGCCAAGGCCAUGUACGAGCGACUGUUCUGCUGGAUAGUGGGACGAAUCAAUGACAUCAUCGAGGUGAAAAACUACGACGCCAGAGUCCACGGGAAGAACACCGUCAUCGGGGUGCUGGACAUCUACGGGUUUGAGAUUUUCCAGAACAACAGCUUUGAACAGUUCUGCAUCAACUACUGUAAUGAAAAGCUGCAGCAACUGUUCAUCCAGCUGGUGCUAAAGCAGGAACAGGAAGAGUAUCAACGAGAAGACAUCCCAUGGAAACAUAUUGAUUACUUCAAUAAUCAGAUCAUAGUGGACUUGGUGGAGCAGCAGCAUAAGGGCAUCUUCUCUGUGCUGGACGAGGCCUGUAUGAAUGUGGGCAAAGUCACAGACGAGGUUUUCCUCCAGGGACUCAACGGCAAGCUGGCCAAACACGCCCACUACACCAGCCGCAAGGUAGGAAUCACUAAUACAACAUGA